AUGACGUCUCCUAUCGCGUUAACGUGGGGAGAGAACGGAAACGGUCGCUCGCGACAAGCAGAACAACCGUCGUGGGGCAGGGUGCAGUCGCCGACGCCCACUGACUCAACCGACAUUGGGCCGAUUGCAGCGAUGGCGUGCACGGGAUGGGGCAUUCACGCACUAAAUCAAAAUGGCGACAGUGGUUUUGGGAUGCAUUGGACGAACGUUCCAUUCAAACGACGGGGUCGAGAGUGCCGUUGCCAGAGCCCUGUCGCGUACUUGUGGACGUACGUGCCAAAUGCAUAUUCUUCGGCUAAAUUCACAUUGCAAGUGAUCAACUGCACUCCCACGGAAGACUGUCAUGUAAAAGCCGAGAUCAUCACGGCGGGGUGGAGCCUCGUCGCGCUGCUCCUCGCAGACGGCUCGAUCAAGACAUGUCACAUCCACUGCAUCACUCAGACGAAGGUGUAUUCCAUUGCGUCGGACUCGCGUGACCCCAUUGAGCGCAUGGUCGCGGGCAGUGGCUUCAGCGUGGCGCUGUCCAACCUCGGCCUAGUCUACUUGUGGCACGAAAUUGGGCAAUCCGAAUCCCUCCAUUUCGACACAGACGACAAGCUAGGGCUGCGUGGGGGCAGAUUCUCCCACGUGUCUGCGCGGUUGCACAACCUAGCGCUCGUCGACGGUGCAACUGGACGCUUACGUAUGUUUGACCUGAACCGUGGUCGAGAAAUCACGUCGACAUGGAUGGACUCGACGCUGAAAAUCGCCAAAGUCUCGCACGGCAACUUGAACGGCGGCGCAUUGCUCACAAAUGUCCAAGUGUGGAGAAGGGGCAACGGGUCGUAG